ACUUUCAAGCCUAGAGCCUUUUUCUGGGUGGGCCCUCAAGUCCCUUUUCUUGCACAAGUUCCCGAAGGGAUGGGACUCUCUGGUCUGAGCACCAGACCCUGAUCGUCCUGGUGGUUCGUGGUGUUGAAGCUGACUCCAAUGCCCCCCCACACCCCCCUUCUCUACCUGCUGGGAAAAGGAAUCAUCCCUGUCCCUGGAUGAGGCCCACACAAUGCUGAGGCUCAGAGAAGGCACAAUGGAGCAUUUCGUACACUCCCUGGUACCAUCCUUCCCAGAUGGAAGCAUCUCAGCCACCUCAACGAUCUUCUGCAUGUACGAGAUGUUCACUUCAGCCACACAGGUCCUGGGCCAGCAGUUCAAUAGCACCCUGUCUCCUGUCUUGGGUACCUGGCCUGACCAGAAUUUGCAAGCUAUCUAUCAGUCCCUGGGCUGUGACCGUGUCGAGAUCAAGGGGGCCUAUGUGCAUGGGGCCAUGGUUCUGAAGUGGCAUGCCUGGGCCCUGACAAACCACGUCCCCGUUCUCCUGAUGCAGCGGGAACUUCUGGCGCUCACUGAGGCAGAGGUGGAGGGUAAGGGGGAUGUGCCAGCUCCAGGGCUCCUUCCAGCGGCAGAGCCAGGAACAGGGCCUCCUAGAGAGCUAGAGGCGACCCCGGCUCCGUGUCAACUGUCACCUGCAGUGUCAGAGCCAGCCUCCCCUCCGUCAGCUCUUCCAGAACUGCAAGCCGUGCUCCCGUCUUCUGCGUGUGUGCCGGGUGAUGAGCUGCAGUCAGCUGGACCGCCCUCUUUGCUGGGAAGUUUCCCUCUGACAACAGCCACAGAGCCCACCGCGGCCCCAGAGGCUUCCCGCCAGCGCUCUGUCACCCCAAAGAACCAGCUGGGUGAGAAGAAGCCCGACCUCCUGGACUUCCCUCCCAGGCUGGUGGCAGAGCAACUGACAUACAUGGAUGCGGUGAGCAGCUGGGCUCUCAGGGUGGGCCAGGGGCAGGCCUUCCUUCUGCUCUCACCUGCCCCACACCUGCCUUUCCCUGAUGUGGACUCCUAUGGUCUGGGACCUAAUCUCAGCUCCACCACUUCCCAACCCUGUCAAGCCAUCAAGGCGCCUAGACCCAAGCUUUCACUGUCCAGCUGCGGACUGUAGCGAGAGACCCUGAUAAGCACUGAUCCAGAGGUACUAGGGAGAAGAAAUGAGCCAGAACGGAGAGACCGAUGGGCAGGCCCUGGUCCCGUGGGUGGAGGAGGGCAGCUCCCUGUGUUCAGUCAAAUCCAUGGGUCACCCACUCACCUGCCUU